CGUACUCACGUCUGUGUAAUAUGUGUUUUGCAACAUGGCAGCGGUCAGGGGAAAGGUGGCACAGAGUUGUCUGACAACAUGUUUCUUUAGACAGACACACAUCGGCGGCAUUGCCACCUUUCCUCUCCUAGCGACACGGGGCGAGAAUUCGAUACAAACCUCUCAUCUACACACCAAUAGAGGGAGCAGGAAUCCUCUGGUCAAAGCGAUCCUUGGGCAACACAGGAAUGGACAACUGCUAUUGGUUAGCUCGCUGUCAGUCAGACACAACAGCACACAGACUCCUGUUGAACCAGUGCAAACAGUAUCUAUCCCGAAUACACCAGCUGAUGUUCCGGCCGCCAUCCCAGACGCCGCAGCUGCGGCAGUUGUUGACCCAUCCCCUGUCAUCGCCCAGCCAAUCACUGAGCAGCUGGCCGAGGUUGCCCCGACGGUCGCGGACGUUCUGCAGGGGGCCGGAGCUGAAGUCCGACUGGCAGAGCUAGGAUUGGGCAGCUACACGCCGGUGGGAGUGGUCCAGAAUCUGCUGGAGUUCAUGCACAUGGACCUGGGCCUGCCCUGGUGGGGAGCCAUCGUUGUAGGCACGGUGAUCGCCCGCUGUGCUGUGUUCCCCGUCAUCGUCAAGGGCCAGAGAGAGGCCGCCAAGCUCAACAACGUCAUGCCAGACAUGACCAAACUCACUGAGCGCAUGAACGAGGCCAAGCAGAGCGGAAACAAGUUUGACUUUGCAAAGGCGUACUCUGACCUGAUGCUCUUCCAGAAGAAGAAUGAUGUCAAUCCCCUCAGGGGAUUCCUGGUGCCUCUAGUACAGAUGCCCGUGUUUGUGUCCUUCUUCAUCGCACUGCGGAAGAUGUCCUACCUCCCCGUUCCCAGCCUGACGACGGGCGGGGCGUUGUGGUUCACCGACCUCACCAUGUCCGACCCCUACUACAUCCUUCCGCUAGCCGUCACGGGCACCAUGUGUGUCAUCAUGGAGCUAGGGGCUGAGUCUGGUGUGGACAACCCCAAUCUCAAGGCCAUGAAGACGGUACUGAGAAUCAUGCCAUUCGUCAUCCUGCCACUCACCAUCAACUUCCCCACGGCGGUGUUCACGUACUGGAUGACGUCCAACCUGUUCUCGCUGGGCCAGGUGGCACUGCUGAGGAUCCCGGCGGUGCGGCAGAAGCUCCGCAUCCCCGAGAGGAUCAUCCACCCGCCCUCUGCCAUGCCCCCUCAGGAGGGCUUCAUCGACAGCGUCAAGAAAGGCUGGAAGAACGCUCAGCUUGCUAAGCAGCUGGAGGAGAGGGAGAACAGGAUAAAGGGACACCUGGACAUUGCCGCUAAAGGACCACUGAGACAGACGUUCAAGCACAAUCCUUUGCAGCAGACGGCGCCUGCCUCAACCUCCACCUCGACGAAGACGGCCGCCGCCGGUAGCAAGCCUGGGAAGAAGCGUCCCUGGGAGGAAACCAUAGGCUGAAGGGAGGGAGGGUCAUAGUUUGGGUCUGGAAAUGAUUGGUUGACUGGAGGCUUACACGUAAGCUUGGAAGGAUGUGAUUGGAUAAUAGGGGCGACAGGCUGGUGGAAUACCUCCUCCACUGUGUAUAUAUUUAUUUGGACAAAGUGUGAUUAAAGGAUGUGUUGGGGAGGGAUAGAGGGGCAUGUUGUACCGGUAUUAUUAUCAAUAAAGAACAUCGGAUGCCCCGA